CCACAGAGAGAGGAGGGAGAGAGAGAGAGAGAGAGAGAGAGAGAUGGCCAUGGGCGCUCAAGCCAAGCGAGAUUGACAAGCGGAACGCCCGACUGGAAUACAGACCCUAGAAGUUGAAAGGAGAGUGAGAAAGAUCAAUGUUCUAUGGAGGCGAGCCAAAAGAGAAUGGGGAAAGAGAGAUGAAUUGUAUGGAAUUCCACGCCUAGGGGGAAGAGGUGAAGAAUCGAAUUUGCAACCCUCGUCUCAGUAUCGCAGUCACAUGAAAACCAUCUCGCCGUUGACACCAGCCUUCUUUGCAUCGGCUUGUCGGAGUAGUGGUGUUCUCGGAUCUUGUCAUGGCCAUGGCUAUUGCAAUUGCUCUUCCAAGAUUCUGGCCAAGAAGAGCAGUAAGUCCCAUUCGACUUCCUCUCAGGGUUCUGAUGCAGCCCCCCCUAGGAUUACAUCAAAUGUAAAGCAAAAUUUGCAAUUUUUGAGGUUAUGGAAGGAGUUCCAAAAGAGAAAGUCUGGCACACCUAAGCCAGCAACUAGUUACCGCAGAAAGAAGGUGGAGAAGGAAGACCUUCCAGAAGAAUCAGAGCUCUACCGUGAUCCUACUUUGACACUUUACUACACAAACCAAGGUAUAGACACGGCAGUCCCUGUCUUGCUCGUUGAUGGUUAUAAUGUUUGUGGGUAUUGGUUGAAGCUGAAGAAACAUUUUAUGAACGGAAGACUUGAUAUUGCUCGCCAAAAGCUUAUUGAUGAAUUAGUGACUUUCAGUUUGUUAAGAGAGGUGAAAGUGGUAGUUGUAUUUGAUGCCAUGAUGUCUGGACUUCCAACACACAAGGAAGAUUUUGCUGGGGUUGAUGUAGUUUACUCGAGUGAGACAUGUGCUGAUGCAUGGAUCGAGAAAGAGGUUGUGGCUUUGAAGGAGGAUGGAUGCCCAAAAGUUUGGGUUGUGACAUCUGAUAAUUGUCAGCAGCAAGCAGCACAUGGAGCAGGAGCAUUUGUUUGGAGUUCUAAGGCCUUAGUUUCUGAGAUUAAAGCUUCACACAAGGAGGUUGACAGGAUGCUUCAAGAACACAGAUCAUCUUCCAUGCAAGGUAAGCUGUUAAAGCACAAUCUUGAUUCAGAGGUUGUAGAUGCUCUCAAGGAUCUUAGGAAGAAGCUAUCUGAAAACGAGGCAAAGUAGCUCACCAGGUUCUUCAGCUAAAUCAUAUGCUUUGUUUGUGCUAAAAUGCAAAGAAAUAUCCAGACAUCUAUUAUUCGCCUACACUUAAUCUUGAUCUGAUCUUAUUUGGGGAUCGCAUAGCCAGUUUUAACUACUAAUGAUUUACUUUAGUUGUAAUGCAUAUAGCUGUUUUCUAGAUUGAUACUUGAUAUGUGCAAUUUAUAUUUUUCGGGUUUCUCGAUUAAGGACUU